AUGGUCCGACAAUGGCGUUGGAGGGGUACAUUAAUGCAGCCGUUUGCCGUCAAACUUUUCAAAGGUAUAAAAAUAAUAAUCAGGUAAGUUUUGGAGUAAUAUACUCAGGUAUUUGGAAUGCCCAUCCUCGUUUUGCCACACGGACAGUUUUGGUCAAAAACAAUGAUGUCGACUCGGCUUUCGGUCUUUUGAACAGGUUUGUUUUUUUUCGUACGAAAUUCAGAAAUAAAUGGUUGAAACGUUUGGAUUAAACUUUAGGUUUACAAAAAUUUUUGUUUCUUCAUUUCAAAUCUUAUUUACUCUAAAUAAAAAGCUUCUUAUAAGGGACAAGAGUGAAUAUUAGAAAUUUCCUCUUUUUUUUUGGAAGUUUUCCCGGUUAAUCGUGCCUGUCGUCCAUACAUUUUUGAAAGAAUCUUUUCUGAAUUUCUUUUUCUGGUAACUUGUAGAUUCUCUUUUUCCGAAGUUUAGAAAGGAAAAAUCUGAUCUGAUACGAAUUUUAAGUCUUCAAGGUCGAAUAGUCCUUCAAUAUGGCAGGACUGAAUGUACCUUCCGUAUCGGAAAAUUAUUUCAUUCCCUUGUUUCCAGAUUGAUGGACUCGGAAGGAUUGCUGAAGAUCAUCCGACGGACGCAGUUCUACCAGAAGCCGUACAUGCAACGGAAAACCCUCUCGAUGGAGGCUUCGACGGCGAUUUUCAACGAGGAUAUGAACCGCAAAAUGAAGUUUCUGGUGAGAAAAAAUAGGCCCGACAAACAUCCCGGACAAGUUACUUCCUAG